AUGACAUUAGCAGAUUCAAGCUUGCGAGCUAUCAACAUGUCUUUGUCGGAUUUCUAUAAUACUCAUAGUGGCUUCAAGACAAGGAUCGUCCUUGACGUCCGUGACUCGAAAGAAACUGUUGUUGGUGCUGCCGCUUCAGCUUUAUACUUGAUAAAGAAGAGGGAAGUGGUGGCCAUAAUUGGACCAGCUACUUCAAUGCAAGCUCCAUUUUUAAUUAACCUCGGAAACCAAUCUCAAGUUCCAAUCAUUUCAUUCUCCGCAACAAGCCCUCUUCUUGAUUCACUCCGUAGUCCAUAUUUCAUCAGAGUCACACACGACGAUUCAGCUCAAGUUCACGCCAUUAGCGCCAUCAUCGAGUCAUUUCGAUGGAGAGAAGUUGUGCCUAUUUAUGUUGACAAUGAGUUCGGAGAAGGUAUUCUUCCUUCCUUAGUUGAUGCUCUUCAAGAGAUCAAUGUUCGUAUUCGAAACCGAAGCGCUAUAUCAUUACAUUCCUCUGAUGAAAAAAUCGAGAAAGAGCUUUACAAACUAAUGACCAUGCCCACUAGAGUGUUUAUCGUGCACAUGUUGCCUGAUCUCGGAUCGAGGCUUUUUUCGAUAGCCAAAAAGAUUAGGAUGAUAGAUAAAGGAUAUGUAUGGAUUGUUACAAAUGGUAUAGCUGAUCUCAUGAGUUUAAUGGGGCAAUCAAGCUUUGAAGAUAUGCAUGGUGUCUUGGGUGUGAAGACAUAUUUCUCAAGAUCAAAAGAGCUAACGUAUCUUGAAGCUCGUUGGCGAAAAAGAUUUGGAGGAGAAGAGCUAAAUAAUUUUGGAUGUUGGGCUUAUGAUGCUGCCACAGCACUUGCAAUGUCUAUUGAAGAAAUCAGUAACGUAAACAAGAGUUUCAAUAAGACUAAAAACAUUUCAAGAAAUGAUGACAUUGGGACUGAUCUUGAUGAUCUCGGCGUCGCUCUCUCUGGUCCUAAGCUUCUUCAAGCGCUAUCCAAUGUCAGUUUCAAAGGUGUUGCUGGUAGAUUUCAGCUCAAACACGGGAAGCGAGAAGCUAAGGUUUUCAAGAUAAUCAAUAUAGAGGAAAGUGGGGAAAGAACGAUUGGAUUCUGGACAUCAAAAGUUGGACUAGUGAAGAGCCUUGGAGUAAAUCAAACAGGCAUUAAUAUGUCACACAGCUCGCGUCGCCUUAGACCUAUAAUAUGGCCUGGGGACAUUAUUUUGGUUCCUAAAGGUUGGGAUUUCCCAACAAAUGCAAAGAAGUUGCGGAUAGCGGUUCCAAAGAAGGAUGGUUUCAAAAACUUUGUGGAGGUAACAAAGGAUGCAAACACUAAUGUUCCAACGGUCACCGGGUUUUGCAUAGAUGUUUUUGACAUGGUCAUAAAACAAAUGCCGUAUCAUGUCCAUUAUGAGUACGUCCCCUUUGAAACUCCUGAUGGAAAAUCAAUUGGAAAUUACGACGAAAUGGUUUAUAAAGUGUUUCUUGGGGAGUUUGACGGAGCUGUAGGGGAUACUACAAUCUUGGCUAAUCGGUCUACUUAUGUCGAUUUCGCAUUGCCAUACUCGGAGACGGGUAUUGUAUUCGUGGUGCCGGUCAAGGAUGAUAGAGAGAAAGGAGAAUGGGUCUUCUUAAAACCAUUAACAAAGGAGCUCUGGUUCCUCAUUGCUGCCUCUUUUCUCUACAUUGGAAUCAUGGUUUGGAUUUUUGAGAAUCAAGCAGAUGAUGAUUUCAAGAGUCAGAACACAGCUGAUAAAAUGUCCAGUGUGUUCUACUUCUCAUUUUCGACUCUGUUUUUUGCACACAGAAAGCCAUCAGAGAGCUUUUACACAAGGGCUCUUGUAGUGGUUUGGUGCUUUGUGUUGCUAAUUCUGACUCAGAGUUACACAGCAACACUGACAUCGAUGUUGACGGUUCAAGAGCUUAGACCAACAGUGAAACACAUGGAUGACCUGAAGAAGAGCGGAGUGAACAUUGGUUACCAAUCUGGUUCUUUUACAUUCGAAAGGUUGAAACAAAUGGGUUACGAUGAAUCGAGGUUAAAGGCUUAUGAUACUCCUCAAGAAAUGCAUGAUCUUUUUCUUAACAAGAGCAGCAAUGGUGGUAUAGAUGCUGCCUUCGAUGAAGUCGCUUACAUCAAGAUUUUCAUGGCUAAAUAUUGCUCACAGUAUUCCAUCAUUGAGCCUACCUUUAAGGCUGAUGGCUUUGGCUUUGCUUUUCCAUUGGGCUCCCCGUUGGUGUCAGAUAUUUCAAGACAAAUCUUGAACUUAACAGAAGGAGAGACAAUGAGAGCCAUUGAGAAUAAGUGGUUACUUGGAGAAAAAAGUUGUCUUCAUUCGACCAUGACAGAUUCUCCAAUCCAGCUCGAUCACCAUAGCUUUGAAGCUCUAUUUCUGAUCGUCUUUGUUGCCUCUCUGCUUCUACUCUUGCUCAUGUUGGCGUCUAAGCUAUACCAAAGGAGACAACGCAAUCCGCCAAGCCAUAGGCUUGAACACCACGCCAAUGCACCAAAUGAUCAAUACGAUAAUGAAGACAAUGUUGGAGAUGGAGAUGAAGCAGGUACUAAUGAGCAUCAUAUUCUGGAAGUCAAGCCACUUCUGGUGCAAAAUCAACCACUCAUCGAAUCAUCAGAAGGCACAAUUCGCCACCGACACGGAAAGAAACUGACCUCAAAGACUAUUGAACCUUUACGAAGAGUUGCCCAGCCUUCGAGGAUGAAUUCUGUAUAG